AGACCCACUCACAAAUCUGCCUCUGCGGAGACCGAUCUGCGGAGACCGAUCGGGCGGGACGCAGGAGCUUGACUAAACCGAUGCGUUUACAUCACUACUGAAAUUGGAAUAUAAACAAACUGAACCGGCCCUCCGGUGUCUGGUUGGUUCUCUUAUCGAGUUCACCCGGUGUCCUGAGCUAGGGUUUUGAACGUAUUCACAGUUCCCUUCUUCUCCGGCUUCUUCAUGCUUUGGUAAUUGACCCCGUUCGUUGAUUCCUGUCCUCUCCGUGCAGGCGACAUGAAUUUGAAGCGCUUCAUAUCCAGACAGGCGAUUAAGACCCUAUCUGGAUUCAAUGGCAAAACUCCGUCUUCAUGCGCCGAUUUGCAUAGAAAUGUUUCCGCCGUAUCCGACUCUUCUUCGAUGCGUUUGCCACACCGUCACGAACACAUCUUCCGAAAUCCUUCGUGUGCAAAACCCAUUUGGGUUUUUGGUAGAAGUUUUCACUCUGCUCAACAGACUGAGCCGAGUGGCUCGAGCGCGGAUACAGACGAUUCGGAGGAGGACGAAGCAAUGAGCGAGUUCUUGUCCCGAUUUGUUUGGAUAAUGCGCCGGAAGCUCUCGGAAGCCUACCCAAACUGUGACAAGCAGACGGUUGAUGGCAUGCUCUUGGUAAUCGUGGGGAAAGUCGUUGCAGAGACGGAGAAAGGCAGCCUUGAGCAGAUGCUUGGCACUGCGGCGGCCCUGCCUUCAAAUGAUUUCAGUGACGAUUUGUGGAAGACUAUGUGGGAUGUCAGCAACAUGGUGUUGGAUGACAUGCAGAAGGCGAAGAAGAAGGAGAAAAUGAAAGCUUUUCUCCAGUCUGAAGAAGUCAAGGAGAUGUAUAGAUUUGCCGGUGAGGUGGGUGUUCGUGGGGACAUGCUGAGGGAACUCAGAUUCAAAUGGGCUCGUGAGAAAAUGGAGGAGAGUGACUUUUAUCAGGAGUUGCAGAAUCUCCGAGCCCAAGAACAACAAGAAGAAAAUGAUGACGAAUUUGUUGGUGCGAAACCCAAAACUAUCGGUGAAGAGGCUGGCGGGGAAAACUCAGGCGUGACUGAGGAGAAACACAAGGUUGUUUCUCUUCCGAAGAGACGUGGGAAGACAAAGUACAAGAUUUAUGGUCUUGAUCUUUCUGACCCACACUGGGCUGAAAUGGCUGAUAAAAUCCAUGAAAAUGGGGAGAUCAUAUGGCCACAGGAACCGAAGCCAAUAUCUGGAAAAUGUAAACUAGUAACGGAGAGAAUCCUUUUGUUGAAAGAGGAGGAUGACCCUUCUUCACUACUGGCUGAAUGGGUUGAGCUUCUUCAGCCCAGCAGGAUUGACUGGAUAUCUUUGCUUGAUAGAUUGAAAGGGCAGAAUGCUGGUCUAUAUUUCAGGGUGGCGGAAUAUGUUCUGAGUGAACCGUCUUUUCAAGCAAAUGUUCGUGAUUAUUCAAAGCUUAUUGAUGCCCUUGCUAAAGAGAAUCGCCUGGAAGAUGCAGAGAGAAUCAUUAAAAAGAUGAGUGAAAAUGGUAUUUUACCUGAUAUUCUGACAUCCACUGUUUUAUUUCACAUGUAUAGCAAGGCAGGUAAUCUUGGUCGCGCAAAAGAAGCUUUUGAACACUUGAGGAGGGAAGGCUUCCAGCCAGACAUGAAGGUCUACAACUCUAUGAUAAUGGCAUAUGUGAAUGCUGGCCAACCCAAGUUGGGAGAAUCACUGUUGAGAGAGAUGGAGACAAGAGACAUCAACCCCACAAAGGAAAUUUACAUGGCACUGCUUCGGUCAUUUGCUCAACAUGGUGAUGCUGGUGGAGCCCUUCGAAUUGCAACCACUAUGCAGUUUGCAGGGUUCCAACCAAAUUUGGAAUCUUGUACAUUGCUUGUUGAAGCAUAUGGGCGAGCUGGAGACCCUGACCAAGCAAGGAACAACUUUGAUUACAUUAUAAAAGUGGGACACAGGCCUGAUGACAGGUGCACUGCCAGCAUGAUUGCAGCUUAUGAAAAGAAGAAUUUAUUGGAUAGGGCUUUGAAUCUUCUAUUGCAGCUUGAGAAGGAUGGAUUUGAGCCUGGAGUUGUGACUUAUUCUGUUUUGGUGGAUUGGUUGGGCAAGCUGCAACUGGUUCCUGAAGCUGAGCAACUAUUGGGCAAGAUUGCUGAGCAGGGUGAGGCUCCUCCUUUUAAUGUUCAUCUGAGCCUUUGUGACAUGUACUCAAGGGCUGGGAUGGAAAAGAAGGCUCUCCAAGCUUUGGGGUUUUUGGAGGCUAAGAAGGAGCAGUUGGGGCCAGAUGAGUUUGAGCGGAUUAUAAAAGGACUUAUUGUUGGUGGAUUUGUGCAUGACGCUAGGAGGAUACACAGUGUGAUGAAGACUCAGGGUUUUGCUGCAUCAGAACCUCUUGAAGUGGCCCUGAUGGCAUCUCAAGCCAUUCCCCGCAAGAAACCAACUAUUAGAUAGUCUGGUAGUUCUUUAGGAACAGUUAAACAACACUGUCUGGCCAGCAGAUGUAAUCAAUGCAGCAUUUUUAAGAUUUUGGUCGCUUAAUCAAUCUCAGUCUGUUCGUGUUUCUAAGUUUUGCUGCGGUUCCCAUUCCCAUAAGGUGCAAUAUAUCUUUUCCUUUCUUCUGAA